GCCUCGCUUUCUCCCUCGCCAACUCGCCUACCCUCCCCACCCCCGCGUCGGCGGCGGCGGCAGCGGCAGCGGCAGCGACGGAGCCUCGCCGGCGGCAAGCGUACUCACCCGACAAAACAAUGAGGAGGUAUAGUCCACCUUAUCGCAGUCCACCAAGGAGGGGAUAUGGUGGCAGAGGAAGAAGUCCCCCUAGGAGGGGAUAUGGAGGACGGAAGGAACAGGGUUCUGGCAGUCUCCUGGUCCGCAACAUCCCUUUAAGCUGCAGAGCGGAGGAUCUUAGAGUUCCUUUUGAAAGGUUUGGACCUGUUCGAGAUGUUUACCUGCCAAAGGAUUAUUAUACCGGGGAACCGCGAGGGUUUGCAUUCGUGGAGUUUGUUGACCCUUAUGAUGCUUCUGAGGCCCAAUAUCAUAUGAAUCGUCAGGUGGUUUUUGGCCGGGAGAUAACUGUUGUUCUUGCUGCUGAGUCACGGAAAAGGCCAGAAGAGAUGCGCAGUAGAGCCAGAGUCAGAGGGUACUCUGACCAUGAAGGCCGUCGUUCAUCCCAUUACGGGAGGUCUCGUUCACGUUCGCGUUCCCGCUCUCCCCGUUAUCGUGGUCGUCCACGGUCAAGGUCAUACUCUCCUGCUCCAAGACGACGAGAUGACUAUUCCGCAUCCCCACAGAGAAAAGACACACAUCGUGCAAAAUCUCCUAGGCGUCAGCCAAAAGAACAUGAAGUAGACAAGAAGCGGAGAUCCUAUUCUCCUGCCAAUAAAGAUGGGGACCGGCGUGAUGCUGAUAAUGGUUAUGAAAAGAGGUCGCCGCCAGCUGACAGCGAUGGAUCCCCUCCGCACCGGAGGUCCCCCAGGCAAUCCUCAGGAUCGCCUCCAGGAUCCCGCUCCAGGUCUGCCGACGGGUCUCCUGCCCGCAGUGACUAACAGAAGAACACUGCGCACGCUGUGCUACAUCCUCUCUAGCUUCUUGUUGGUCAGACCGGACCAGUUUAAGUAAAAACCCUUUUGGGCUUGUUGUAAAACUUGUAAUGCUAGCAUCUGUCGUGGUUUGGUAGCGGAGGACUUGGAUCGUCACCAUUGUGUGUGCUCGCUUCUCAGUGGAUGGAGACAUUUUGAGUCGUGUGUGAUGAAACCUUAGACUUGCUGCAUGGCAUUGUAUUGUGUUAAACUUAUCCGUAUGCCUUGUGUAUUCUUGUGCUUGCCAUGUGCUCAUGCGCUUGAAUUGCUGUGCACGCGGAGUCGAACUAUGCCGUCGACUUCUUUUGGAA